AUGAUCGAGCAGGCUCUCAAGGCUACUCCAAGUAAAGACUUCCCCAAUGUCUUUUAUCGCUCUGCUUCAGCCGAGAUUCUUCCCUUCCUUCGAGACAAGAGCGUCGACAUGAUCGUGGCUGGCCAAGCAGCCCAUUGGUUUGACCCAUCGAGAUUCUGGCCCGAGAUGAAGCGAAUAGUGAGACCAGGAGGGACCGCAGCCUUCUGGGGCUAUACAGACCCUGCUUUUCCUGGCUUCAAGAAUGCAACGAACAUUUUGAGCGAAUUUGCCUAUAGAAACGAUGCGUUAGGACCAUACUGGUCUCAACCUGGCCGUUUUUUGGUACAAGACAAACUUCGACAUUUGCAACCCCAUUCAGAAGAUUGGACUGAUGUACGUAGGAUAGAAUAUGAGCCUGAUUGGCAUGAAGGUCUCAAGGGUGAAGGAACCAUGAUCUUGAGCGCUAGAAUGGCUGUCAGAGACUGCAUGAACUAUGUUCGCACUUGGUCCAGCUUUAGCACCUGGCAAGACAGCCAUCCAACGGAGUCUAAGAGGGAUGCCAGUGGAGAAGGUGACGUUGUAGACAAAAUAUUUGACAGUAUGAGAGACGCCGAGCCAGCCUGGCAAUCGGAUCAAUGGCUUGACAUGCAUAUUGAUAUUGAAUGGGGAUCCGGACUUUUGCUAUCUCGGCGAAAAUUAUAA